AUGCCUGCCAAUGCAACAAAAUACUGUCCUCGUCCGGACCACAGUACCCUCCAGCUUCCUUGCGGCCAUCCGAGUUGCCAGCGAUAUUUCAAGACUGCUGCUGGAAGGACAAAACAUAGGCUGUCAGCGCAUCCAAUAAUCCCACAACCUGUCUCAGCUCCCUGUCCACCUUUUCCCGAACUCUUGGACCCAGGAAAUGACCAGCAGCGUGAAGAUGAUGUUCCUUUCAAUGCUGAUGAAGUCCCUAGGCCAUCGUCUCCACCUGCUGAUGUCAAUGCAAAAUUUUAUGGACCGGGAAAGCAGUUUUAUCGAAAUUAUCAUAAAGGUCUUGAUGGUCGACCUUGUGACGAAAACAGUGUGUUUCUUUCUCCGGGCACUCUGCCACCUCCACUUGUUGAGCAUCCUGCUGAUGACUGGACACCAUUUUGGAAUCGGAUUGAAUUCGAAGCUGCUGAAUUCUUAUUUUGCAAAGAUCAAAUGUCCGCCUCCCAUAUUGACACCUUACUUGACCUGUGGGCCGCUACACUUGCAAAACACGAUGAUCAUCUGCCCUUUGCUAAUCACCGAGACUUAUAUCAGACAAUUGAUAGUAUUCCGCUUGGAGAUGUGCCAUGGCAGAAUUUCGCAGUCAAAUUUUGUGGUGACAAACUGGACGUCGACAUUCCACCAUGGAUGAACGGCUCUUACGAUGUAUGGUUUCAAGAUCCAUGUGAAGUCGUCCGCAACAUGCUCGCAAACCCAAUGUAUGCAGAUGAAAUGGAUUAUCAGCCCUACUGUGAGUAUGCCUCAGCAACUGAUGAACGCCAGUGGAAGGACUUCAUGUCUGCUGAUUGGGCAUGGGAUCAGGCGGACGAAAUUUCCAAAGAUCCUGACACGGUUGGGGCAACCUUUGUUCCCGUUAUUCUCAGCAGUGAUAAGACAACCGUCUCGGUUGGCACGGGCAACAAUGAAUAUUACCCGCUAUAUCUUUCUAUCGGCAAUGUUCGAAACAAUGUCCAUCGAUUUCUCGCCAUGCCAAAAAUGCACGCUGAGGAUCCGAAGUUCCGAAAGUUUCGUCGUCAGCUGUUUCACUCUUCCCUUUCGAAAAUUCUUCAGCCCCUCAAGCCUGGAAUGACGAAACCCGAAGUGGCUCGUUUUGGAGACGGUCACUUCUGUCAUGUUGUCUAUGGACUCGGACCCUAUAUCACUGAUUAUGAAGAACAGGUCCUGUUGGGAUGCAUCGUCAAACGCUGGUGUGCAAGGUGUCUUGCAUCACGUCUUAACCUUGAUGAUGAUGCCUUGGACCAUUGCCGCGAAUAUGUGGAUGCUCUGGUGGAGGAAGGUACUCUAUUGGAGAUCUGGGAUGAUUAUGGAAUUGUUGGUGACAUUGUGCCAUUUACCAAUGAUUUCCCCCGCGCUGAUAUAAACCGACUCAUUGCCCCUGAUCUCCUUCACCAGCUGAUCAAGGGAGCUUUCAAGGACCACCUUGUAGAUUGGGUGGAGAAAUAUUUGUUACUGACCCAUGGAAAACGCGAAGCUCAACGAAUCAUGGACAACAUUGACAGAAGAAUUGCGGCUGUUGCAUCCUUCACAGGUUUACGACGUUUUCCUGAGGGACGAGGGUUCAAACAAUGGACCGGAGACGACUCAAAGGCACUUAUGAAGGUGUAUUUGCCUGCAAUUGAGGGCCACCUUCCACAGGACAUUGUACGCGCCUUUCGCACACUUUUAGAGUUUUGUUACCUUGUCCGCCGCAACAUUAUCACAGAGAAGACCCUCACCAAAAUUCAAGAUGCGCUCGCACGAUUCCACCACUACCGCGAAGCAUUUCGAGAUGCAGGUGUUGUUCCCACAUUUUCCUUGCCACGUCAGCACUCGCUCAAGCAUUACAUCCAACUUAUACGACUUUUUGGUGCCCCGAACGGCUUGUGCUCAUUGAUUACCGAGAGCAAGCAUAUCAAGGCCGUAAAGGAGCCUUGGAGACGCUCGAGUCGCUUCAAUGCACUUGGUCAAAUGCUGCGGACCAACCAGCGGCUGGAUAAGCUCGCUGCUUUACGUGUCGACUUCACCAGGCGCAAUAUGGUGAGCGGUACAUGUUUAUCUGCAGUCGUGAUGGCUCUUCGUAUUGCACCUCUGAAUGGCUCGAACGCCAAUGUUCUGGAUGUGGAUGAAGGUCACGACGAUGGUGAAGUGGACGAUGAGUCUACAGUGCUACAAGCAGAUGUCCAGCUUGCACAAACACCCCUAGAAUUAAAUAUCGCACAUUUACCCAACCUCCUCCGACAAUUCCUCUUCGAACAGAAGCAUCCGAAUGACACUCGAGACAUCUCUGAAGUUUCAGAGUUCCACUUCCCUCAUUACGACGGCGGAAUCUCUGUCUUCAACUCCGCUUCAUCAAGAUUUUAUUCGCCGAGUGAUCUCAGUGGCAUUGGAGGCAUGCGCAUGGAAUACAUUUGUGCAUGUCGUCAGUGGCGAAACGGACAUGCUUGCAAUGACUGCAUAUUCAUUAACAUGAAACCAGAGCUCGAGGGCAUGCAGGGAUUUGACAUUGCUCGUGUUCUGUUUAUUUGGUGGUUCGACACUGUUGGCGACUCUCCUGAUGAGGACACUGGGAUGUGGAUUGUGCAGCCAGCCUAUCGUGCUAAUCACUCCCCGCAUAUGUCUAUUAUUCACAUUGAUUCGAUUUAUUGCGCAGCACAUUUAAUUCCAGUCUAUGGCGCACAGUUUGUUUCUCAUGACCUCAAGUAUUACCAGUCUUAUGAUAGUUUCCGAGCUUACUAUGUUAAUAAGUAUGCAGAUCAUCACGCCUUUGAGAUUGCUUUUUAA